AUGCAUUUCUGUUUCUAUCUGUCUUUUCUUCAAUGCAUUUCUGUUUCUGUCUGUCUCUGCUUCAAUGCAUUUCUGUUUCUGUCUGUCUUUUCUUCAAUGCAUUUCUGUUUCUAUCGGUCUCUGCUUCAAUGCAUUUCUGUUUCUGUCUGUCUCUGCUUCAAUGCAUUUCUCUUUCUAUCUGUCUUUUCUUCAAUGCAUUUCUGUUUCUGUCUUCUCUGCUUCAAUGCAUUUCUGUUUCUGUCUGUCUUUUCUUCAAUGCAUUUCUGUCUUCUCUGCUUCAAUGCAUUUCUGUUUCUGUCUGUCUUUUCUUCAAUGCAUUUCUGUUUCUAUCUGUCUUUUCUUCAAUGCAUUUCUGUUUCUAUCUGUCUCUUCUUUAAUGCAUUUCUGUUUCUAUCUGUCUCUUCUUUAAUGCAUUUCUGUUUCUGUCUGUCUUUUCUUCAAUGCAUUUCUGUUUCUAUCUGUCUCUUCUUUAAUGCAUUUCUGUUUCUGUCUGUCUUCAAUGCAUUUCUGUUUCUGUCUGUCUCUUCUUUAAUGCAUUUCUGUUUUUAUCUGUCUCUGCUUCAAUGCAUUUCUGUUUCUGUCUGUCUUUUCUUCAAUGCAUUUCUGUUUUUAUCUGUCUCUUCUUUAAUGCAUUUCUGUUUUUAUCUGUCUCUGCUUCAAUGCAUUUCUCUUUCUGUCUGUCUUUUCUUCAAUGCAUUUCUGUUUCUAUCUGUCUUUUCUUCAAUGCAUUUCUGUUUCUAUCUGUCUUUUCUUCAAUGCAUUUCUGUUUCUGUCUUCUCUGCUUCAAUGCAUUUCUGUUUCUGUCUGUCUUUUUCUUCAAUGCAUUUUGUUUCUGUCUGUCUUUUCUUUCAUUUCUGUUUUAUCUGUCUUCUUUUUUAA